AACGACACGAACUGUCCUGAAAGAAAAGAGAGAGCAGACGCAAACCGCAGGAGCUAAGAACAAACGUACGCUAAGUCAUGUGACUUACUCACUACCAACUGUACAUUAAUGUCGUGAUACAUUUUUUUACAACCUAUAAUUUUCAGUCUGUUGCUUAUUUAAUGUCACGUUUUUUUUUUUUAACUGUACGUUUAAUAAGACAGGGGGCGUAUCCGAAAGGUCUUUUCUGCUCACGUGAUACAUGACUGUCCAAUUACGCAAAAGGCCACGCCUUUCAAACCGAAACUCAGCUCUACACUCAUCUACGUCCAGAUGAGUCCGCACGUUUAAUCUUUUUAUUAUCGAAAUAUUAUAAGUUAAUAUUUACACGUUUACCACAUGGAUACAGCCUCGCUCGACGACGGCUGUUUGGGAUACGAGGUUAUUCUCAGGGAUGACGACACAUCAACGCCACGAUGCCCACAUGGACCGACUUUGUUAUUUGAAAAAGUUGGGAAACAAGGCGAGGAAGGAAAAAGGUUUUACGCGUGCUCGGCUUGCAGAGACCGAAAAGACUGCAACUUUUUCCAGCGGGAGGACGAAAAGGUGUCGGAAACCCGAAAGUUGGCCAGGGAGGUGGAGAACAAAAGGGGGAGGCCCCCAUUCAGCCAGCAGCAAUACAGCGCAAGGUUACACCAGUUUGUCUCCCUUCCACCUGAUGAAAAGACGUUCUGUCAAGAUUGCCAGCUCCUCCUCCUCGCGAAGGAGACGGGUACGCACGCCGCCCAUGCGUGCAUCCCCGUGACAGCCACCCAGUUGCGGCAGCCCAGCAGGUUACUGCUUCCCUUGGACAACAAAAAGAGCAAUGCACAGUAUCUGUUUACUGAGCGCACCACCCGCUUUCUGCUGGGCACCCUGGUUGCCCAGGGUUUCAACAAGGUGUUGUGCGUAGGCACGCCCAGACUCCACGAGCUGAUUAAAUCGGAAUACCCGCGUGGGAAGGCGAACCCAAUAAAAAGCCUUUUGCUGGACAUCGACUUCAGAUACGCCCAGUUCUACGGCCAAGAUGAGUUUUGCCAUUACAAUAUGUUCAACCAUCACUUCUUUGAUAGUGAGGCCUCAAGCGCAGUGAUCCAGGCCUUUCUCAGAGAGUCAAAAGGAGAGAAGGUGGUGAUGGUGGCUGACCCCCCGUUCGGGGGUCUGGUGAAACCGCUGGCCAACAGCUUCUCUCGGAUCUCGCAGGCAUGGGCGAAUCAGCAAAACUCUGACCGCAGUUGUGUUGACAUGCCCAUGAUAUGGAUCUUUCCGUAUUUCUUUGAACCUCGUAUUCUCGGCUGCUUCCCUUCGUUCACUAUGCUGGACUACCAGGUGGACUACGACAACCAUUCCCUGUACAAGCACGGGAAGACAGGAAGGAAGCAGUCCCCAGUUCGACUGUUCACCAACAUCACUCCUGCUAAAAUUGUCCUACCCCUGGAGGAGGGUUACAAAUUUUGCACCAUUUGCGAGCGAUACGUGUGGUCCCUCAACAAGCACUGUACCAAAUGCAACGUCUGCCCAUCCAAGGAUGGUCGGCUGUGGAAACACUGCUCUGUAUGUGAGCGAUGUGUGAAACCAUCAUGGCAACACUGUCAAUCAUGUGGCCGCUGUGCCCUUCCGGACCACCCGUGUGACCAAAGCCAAGGUGAGGUGGGUUGUUACAACUGUGCAAGCCUGGGGCACAAACGGAAAGCUUGUCCUCGAAAACACGUCAGCAGUCAUGGGUCCACUUCCAAGAGAAGACGAAUCAUCAAGACCAAACGGCAAAAAGAAAAGAAAAAAAAGAAAACAUUUAAUUAGGAAUAAAAAAGAUAUGGAGAAAAAAAA